AUGAAUAUUUGGAGCAUCAUUUUUGUGGCUGUCUUUGCCAUCUUCGUGGUAGCAGCCCCGACGCCUGAUGAGAUGACGUUCCUUGAGCCUCCGUGGCCCCCAUUUUCGGAUAAACUGGGACCUGAGGAUCCGGAACCGCCCGAGUUUUGGGAUAAACGGGGACCUAAGAAUUCGGAACCGCCCGACGAAUAUGAUAAAUUGCAAGAGAACAACUUGGGUGAAAGGGAAUGGCCGUGCCCGUAA